AUGGCGGCAACAUCACGAUGGCGGGAUCUAGACAAGAUCCGUACCACCGCCGGUCCGUUCAGUGAUGGGGACGAGGUGGAUGGACCUUCUGUGAUCGAGAACAUGGAUAACAUGAAAAUUUUUGGCGCUGGUGGUCUGGGAUGCGAGAUUCUGAAGGAUCUGGCACUCUCAGGUUUCAAGGAUAUACACGUAAUUGACAUGGACACGAUCGAUAUCUCCAAUCUCAACCGGCAGUUCCUUUUCCGAAAGGAUGACGUGGGAAAAUCGAAGGCAGAAGUGGCUGCUAAAUUUGUUGAGCGAAGAGUCAAAGGCGUUAAGAUCACGCCCCACAAUAACCGCAUACAGGACUUUGACGAGUCUUUCUAUAUGCAGUUCACAAUUGUGGUCUGUGGACUAGACAGUAUAGAAGCCCGGCGGUGGAUCAACGCAACUUUGAUCAACAUGGUGGACGAGGACAAUAUGGAUUCUCUCAAGCCUCUAAUUGACGGCGGUACAGAAGGAUUCAAGGGACAGUCUAGAGUGGUACUCCCUACCAUGACAUCCUGCAUAGAAUGCCAACUCGACAUGUUCGCACCACGAGCCGCGGUACCGCUCUGCACCAUUGCCACGAUACCUCGGCAACCAGAACACUGCAUCGAGUGGGCGCACGUCAUAGCAUGGGACAAGGAGAAGCCCUUCCCGCAGCUCGACAAGGACGACCCCGAGCACAUUACUUGGCUGUACCAGAAAGCCCUGGCCAGGGCCCAAGAGUUCAACAUCCCCGGCGUCACAUACUCCUCAACGCAAGGUGUCGUGAAGAACAUUAUUCCCGCCAUUGCAUCCACUAAUGCCAUUAUUGCAGCGAGUUGCUGCAACGAGGCUCUGAAGAUCGCGAGCGGUUGUGCACCGUCGCUGGGCAUGGAAGAGAACUAUAUGAUGUACUCCGGGAACGACAGCAUUUACACAUACACUUUCAAGCACGAGAAGAAAGAUGACUGUCCUGUUUGCGGAACGAUGGCGCGUCCGCUGGAGGUGGACCCCAAGCUGACACUCGAGGAGCUUAUCGAUCUCCUGGCGGCACGGCCAGAGGCGCAACUCAAAAAGCCAUCGAUCCGGGCCGAGGGCAAGAGCCUCUAUAUGCAGACCCCGGCUAGCCUCGAGGAGCAAACUAGACCGAACCUUAUCAAGAGCCUGACGGACCUGGGACUCGAGGAUGGAUGGGAGAUUUCCGUGACGGAUCCGGCUUUCGUGGCCAAUUUCAGGUUCAUCCUUCGGUUUAAGGCGGCCUAG